AGAGAGAGAGAGAGAGAGAGAGAGAGAAAUAUUUUGAACCUCAGAGACCGACAUAGACACUAGAGGUUCCGCACGAGGCCUGGAGGGGCCACGCCGCCUAUCAUCGCCUCCUGACUGUGCUAGCUCUUCAAUGCCCUGAAGGUCUGGGGCUGCAGAGGACCGCGGGCACCGAGUGUCUCGCUAACUGGGCCAGGCAGUGACGCGGGACGGUGGCCCUCCCACUCCAAGGGCACUGACACCAGGGCACCCUCGCGGGUCCCUGCAUCCGACAGCUCCGGUGCUGUAGGCUCCACACGCUCCACGAUGACUCCCUGCCGGGCAGUGGCCGGGCUGUUACUGCUGGCGGCAACCGGCCUGGGACACCAGGAGGAGGGACCGGAGCUCGCCUUCAGUGAGGACGUGUUGAGCGUGUUCGGCGCCAACCGGAGCCUGUCCGCCAAGCAGUUGGGGCUCCUACUGGAGCGUCUGGGGGUUGCAUCCCACCAGGGAGCUCUGGAUCUAGGACAGCUGCACUUUAACCAGUGUUUGUCCGCAGAAGACAUCUUUUCUCUUCACGGCUUCUCAAAUGCUACGCAGAUAACCAGCUCGAACUUCUCUGCCAUCUGCCCUGCGAUCUUACAGCAGCUGAACUUUCAUCCCUGCGAGGAUCAGGAGAAGCACAAUGCCAAGCCGAGUCUUUCCGAAGUCUGGAUCUACGGAAUCCUGUCGGUGACAAUUAUUAAUUUGGCAUCUCUCCUGGGAUUGAUUUUAACCCCGUUGAUAAAGAAGUCAUACUUCCCCAAGAUUCUAACUUAUUUCGUGGGGUUGGCUAUUGGGACCCUUUUCUCAAAUGCCAUUUUCCAGCUUAUUCCAGAGGCAUUUGGAUUUAAUCCCAAAAUUGACAAUUAUGUGGAGAAGGCGGUUGCUGUGUUUGGUGGAUUUUACAUGCUUUUCUUUGUUGAAAGAACACUUAAGAUGCUACUGAAAACAUACGGACAGAAUGAUCACACCCACUUCGGGAAUGAUGACUUCGGUUCUAAAGAAAAAGCCCAUCAGCCCAAAACGUUACCGUUACCUGCAAUCAAUGGUGUGACAUGCUAUGCCAACCCUGCUGUCACAGAGCCUAAUGGACACAUCCACUUUGACACCGUCAGUGUGUUGUCUCUCCAGGAUGGAAAAACUGAGUCAAGUUCAUGCACCUGUUUGAAGGGACCCAAACUGUCAGAGAUAGGAACAAUUGCCUGGAUGAUCACGCUCUGUGAUGCCCUCCACAAUUUCAUCGACGGCUUGGCGAUCGGGGCAUCCUGUACCUUGUCUCUUCUUCAGGGACUCAGUACUUCCAUAGCGAUCCUGUGUGAGGAAUUUCCUCACGAGUUAGGGGACUUUGUGAUCUUGCUCAAUGCUGGGAUGAGCACUCGGCAAGCCUUGCUCUUCAACUUCCUUUCAGCAUGCUCCUGCUAUGUUGGGCUAGCUUUUGGCAUUCUGGUGGGCAACAAUUUUGCUCCAAAUAUUAUAUUUGCACUCGCCGGAGGCAUGUUCCUCUACAUUUCUCUGGCAGAUAUGUUUCCAGAGAUGAACGACAUGCUGAGAGAAAAAGUAACUGGAAGGAAAAAAGAUUUCACCUUCUUCAUGAUCCAGAACGCUGGGAUGUUAACCGGAUUCACCGCCAUCCUGCUCAUCACCUUGUAUGCAGGGGAAAUCGAGUUGCAGUAGCCAGAAGUGGAGCACAGUGCUAAGGAAGGAAGGCAUUUAACAAGCAAUAACACAAAACAUCUCCAAAGGGAUUUUUUUUUAAAUUUUUUUUUUUUUCGAGAAAGGGUUUCUCUGUGGUUUUGGUUCCUGUCCUGGAACUAGCUCUGUAGACCAGGCUGGUCUCGAACUCACAGAGAUCCGCCUGCCUCUGCCUCCCGAGUGCUGGGAUUAAAGGCGUGCGCCACCAUUGCCCGGCGGGAUUUUUUUUUUUUUUAAAUGCGUAUCCUAUUUAGUUAAAAGAGGAUUUUAUUCUCAACUUGAGUCUAAGGAAUCUAGUGACUGGUUCAGACAUGUAAAAGAGCUGACAUUUGUUGUUAAAAACAUUCCUUGAAAAGUUUUUGGUUUCAGUCUGACAUGGCUGGUGGAUGGAGGCCUUUGGUAAAUACCUGGUUUUCAAUGCUUUAUGCAUAUUAGAAAAUUAUCAUGAGGCUAAAGAAUCUAUAAGCAGACACACAGACCCAGAGAAUAACCAUCUAGGUCACGUAAGGUUUUAAAACUUGGUUGGAUAAAAACUUCAAGUGUUUUCAGGGUAGUUGAUUUCAAUUAAUGUUUUGGGAUGCUUUCAAGGGCAGGUGCAUCGGAUGUGGGAGAAGAUCAAAACAGCUCCUGUCCACCCACGAAUGAUUCCAGAGCUGUAAUGAUCCCCGGAAAGAAAGAUUGCUCACGGUGUUUGUUCACUUUCAUGUCUCAAUCAGCGACUUGUACGAUUGUUUUGAAAGCUGUUCCAAAGUAACAUGAAUUAGGAAAUAUGAAAGGCGUUGGGCUUAGGGGUUUGUCUUUGAGUGUAAGCUCGACCAGACUCUGCACAAAGAUCAGAAUGGCUUCGCAAUGACUUCCAUUGCGGUUCCAACCCUCAGAAAUGGCAGAGGGCUAAGCAGGACUGGUCUGAACUCAUCAUCUUCCCGGAUUGCUUUGUGAUGGUGAAGAAUAUGUUGGGUGGCAGAAAGAUAUCGAAUGUAAUUUUGAGCAAUUUACUUUUUAGAGAUAAGCAUGAUUAUUUAGCAGGGAGAAUUUCAGUAAAUGUAAAAUAACAGCUGUGCUGUGCUGUGUCAGAGACUGACUGACGACAGAAGCGUGUGCUCAUUAGGAGUGAUGGACAGCAGUUGGAAACGUCUUCUUUUAUGUUCAGCGUGUUUUUUUCCAUAUGGUACACCUUUGGAAAAAGCUCAGCAUACUGUCGUUAUUUUUCUACCUUUUGAAAGGGACAGAGUUUGUUGAGUUUUUGACCAUUAGUCUGAAUUGAGCAUCCUAAUCUCAAUCCACACUCCCAAGUAACUUGAAAAACAGAUGAUUUAACAGUGAUGAAAAUUAUUAAUAAAAACCAACAGUUAUCUCAGGAAUUAUGUUUUCCUACAGGCCAAAACAAUGCAAAUUGGAUAACCAUUUAACAUGUAUGUUUAUGUAUAUUCACCCUGUGUCUGGCAAUUGAAAAGUGUCAUUUGACCAAACAGUAAACAACUUUGAAGCCAUGUAUUGUGUCACCUGUUUUUCUUUCAUUAUGUCUUUGUUUUGAUUGGCUACCAUGUU